CGCUGGAGCUGUCCAGCACCCUGGUGCUGAAACCCUUCUCGCUCGUCAUCCACCACUACCAUGUAAGGGCCAUGAAAAGGGCUCGUCCAGGCGCAGCACGGACAUGGAGGAGGACUUAUUCCAGCUAAGGCAGCUGCCGGUGGUGAAAUUUCGUCGCACGGGCGAGAGUGCAAGGUCAGAGGAUGACACGGCUUCGGGAGAACAUGAGGUCCAGAUUGAAGGGGUCCGCACGGGCCUACAGGCGGUCGAGCUAGACGAUGGGGCAGCUGUGCCCAAGGAGUUUGCCAAUCCCACUGACGAUACUUUCAUGGUGGAAGAUGCGGUGGAAGCCAUUGGGUUUGGCAAAUUUCAAUGGAAGCUGUCUGUUCUCACCGGCUUGGCCUGGAUGGCCGAUGCCAUGGAAAUGAUGAUCCUGAGCAUCCUCGCGCCCCAGCUGCACUGUGAGUGGUGGCUCCCCAGCUGGCAGGUGGCAUUGCUGACCUCGGUGGUCUUUGUCGGCAUGAUGUCCAGCUCCACCCUCUGGGGAAACAUCUCGGACCAGUACGGCAGGAAAACAGGGCUGAAGAUCAGCGUGCUCUGGACCCUGUACUACGGGAUCCUCAGUGCUUUCGCGCCCGUGUACAGCUGGAUCCUGGUGCUCCGGGGCCUGGUGGGCUUCGGGAUCGGAGGGGUCCCCCAGUCGGUGACGCUGUAUGCCGAGUUCCUUCCCAUGAAAGCCAGAGCUAAGUGUAUUUUGCUGAUUGAGGUGUUCUGGGCCUUCGGGACCGUGUUCGAGGUGGUCCUGGCUGUGUUUGUGAUGCCCAGCCUGGGCUGGCGUUGGCUGCUUCUCCUCUCGGCUGUCCCGCUCCUCAUCUUUGCUGUCCUGUGUUUUUGGCUCCCGGAGAGUGCAAGGUAUGAUGUGCUGUCUGGGAACCAGGAAAAGGCCAUCGCCACCCUAAAGAGGAUAGCGACAGAGAAUGGAGCCCCCAUGCCGCUGGGGAAACUCAUCAUUUCCAGACAGGAAGACCGAGGCAAAAUGAGGGACCUUUUCACACCCCAUUUUAGAUGGACAACCUUGUUGCUGUGGUUUAUAUGGUUUUCCAAUGCAUUUUCUUACUAUGGAUUAGUUCUGCUCACCACAGAGCUCUUCCAGGCAGGAGAUGUCUGCAGCAUUUCCAGCCAGAAGAAGGCAGUAGAGGCAAAGUGCAGCCUGGCCUGUGAGUACCUGAGUGAGGAGGACUACAUGGACCUGCUGUGGACCACCCUCUCUGAAUUCCCAGGUGUCCUUGUGACUCUGUGGAUCAUCGACCGCCUGGGCCGCAAGAAGACCAUGGCUCUGUGCUUCGCGGUGUUCUCUUUGUGCAGCCUCCUGCUGUUUAUCUGUGUUGGCAGAACUAUGCUCACUCUGUUACUCUUCAUCGCAAGAGCGUUUAUUUCUGGAGGCUUCCAAGCAGCCUAUGUUUACACGCCUGAGGUCUACCCCACGGCGACGCGAGCGCUGGGCCUGGGCAGCUGCAGCGGCAUGGCAAGAGUGGGCGCGCUCAUCACUCCGUUUAUUGCUCAGGUGAUGUUGGAGUCCUCCGUGUACCUGUCGCUGGCAGUUUACAGUGGCUGCUGCCUCCUGGCUGCACUGGCCUCCUGCUUCUUGCCCAUUGAGACCAAAGGCCGCGGACUACAGGAAUCCAGCCACCGGGAGUGGGGCCAGGAGAUGGUCGGCCGAGGGACGCAUGGCACAGGCGUCACCAGGUCGAACUCUGGCUCUCAGGAGUAGUGACCUAUGGGGGGCUGAGCUGGUCUUUGAGUCUGUGGAGUGCGGGGAGCUGGUGGAGCCCGUCUGGGGCACCGACUGUCACUGCCGACACCAAGAACUCACCACCCAAGAGUACAACCCGGACCCCGGUUGCUCAUAUUCAUUGAGACCCACCUGCAGAUGGGGAGGCAUUUGCUCUGGGGGUUUUCUGUAUGUGUGGGUGGAGGUUUGUUGAUAACCUGUGGAUCUGCAUGGGAAAACGGCCACACUGGGAGUGCCUGGUGACACGGGUGGCCGACCAAACACCAUCCAGAGUCAGGCGGCCACACCCUUGGCGAGCACCAACCAAAAGAUCUCCACAAAUACAGUCCAGGCCCAGACCCCAUGAGACCUGCCGCCCAGCAACCAGACCUGUUCAGUAGGUUCCUCCUACACCCCAAGUCCUCAGCUUUCUUCUUUGAAACUGCAGGUGACUCGGGUGUGUUUUAAGCAGCUUUGUCUUGGGCUUCAGAAACCCUCCCUCAGAAGGGGCCUCUCGGUUUGCCUCCCUGGGCUGGGACUGACUCAUGGAGACUGGCAGAGGGACAUGCGUUUGAAUUUGAGCCACGUGCUCCACCUGGUCCCCUUUUGAGUUGCAGUCUCUGGAUCCAGGGGAUCCACGUGUGUCCAUGAGGACAGCUGGGCUCGCAUCAGAUGGCAGCCCCCGAAAGCUGUUACCCCGGGCACUGGGCACCGAGGCCAAAGGGAGGCAAGAAUCAAGCCCAAAGCCAGAACAGGGUCCUCUCUUUCAGAAGCAGUGAAGGUCACGUCAGGGCUUCUUUUCUUGCCCCCUCCUUGGCCAGGCAGAUUGGUGACUCGUGGGGAGAGAAAACAGUGAACUCAGGUCUCAGCGUUUGGGGUUUUGAGCUCGGGUGGACAGAGAAAACACAAUGACACGACGCCAACUGCCCACUCCCGGUGGGGUCAGGGGACCAGGAAUCCUCCCCCACCCGUUUCUCUGCCGCCCUUGCUCGCAAGGGUUGGCUUGGUCUUUACGCAGCAGCAGCUCUUGGGAUUCCAGCCACGGAAGCCGUGGCACGGAUGCCAUGGGGUGGGGAGAAACGGGAGGACCCCUUUAUGUGAAACGUGUACAUUUUCCAAGGAAGAGAAGGGAGGUCGUUUGGGGUUGGGGUUGGCCUUGGAAGGAAGGGCCGAUACCAUGUCUCGGCAGACAGCGUCCACCUCCUGGAUUUGGUUUACAGGAGCCUUGUCACCAUCAUGAAGGCAGGGACCCUAGAGAAGGAGGGAAGACGCUGCUGGAUCU